GCGCACUGGCUCAAAGAGAGAAUUGUGAGGGAGAGGAAUUGAUGAGAGCGUAUAUAAGCAAGUGCUCAAAGCAAAGAAGGGGGGCUUUUUGGAAUAAACAGUUGGACAGAGAACUAUUAACAGCACCGAACUAACGGGCAGGAUUCUACAAUUGGCGCAGUCGGUAGUGAAAAUUUUGUUAAAAUAAAGGAAAGGUAUAUACAAUGGAAGAUCGGAUUUAUCCGAAGUACUGUGAAGUUUUCAAAAGCGUAAUAGUUGGUUAAAAGUGAGCUUCAAUUAACAUAGUGUAAUACCAUAAUAGCGAUACACGAAGUGAAAAUGGAAGAAAAUUGGCCAUUGCAACCGUUCAAUGAGUCGGUGGAUGCUUCGGAUUUACGCCGUGAGUGGGAGGAGUGGCACCGAGCAUUUGAGCUAAUAAUAAUGCUUAAAAAGAUCAAUACGCAAGAUGAGAAGUUGGCGUACAUGCUGGCACGUGGAGGUCGAGGAUUGCAGAGAAUUUACUUCAAUUUGGCUCCGGUAUCAGGAGAAGAACAGCCAAGUCCAGCAGUAAUACCCUUUCAGCAACCACAAGUUCCGGAGUACGACAAUGCUAUUAAACGUUUAAAUCAUUUCUUUUUGGGAAAGAGAAACGAACGCAUCGAGUUGGAGCUUUUUCGUUCUCUAAAACAAGAAAAUGAAGAAUCGUUCAACCAGUUUGUGUUGCGACUAAGGACACAAGCUGCACGAUGCGAUUUCCACGAACGAAUAGUAAAAGAAAUAGCACACCAAAUAACUGUAGGAGCAAAGGAUGAGCGAGUAAGAGAUAAAGGGUUAGAAAAUACGAUGGAAUUGGAUGAACUCAUUAAUUACGCAAUCAAUAGAGAAAUUCUGAUAGGCCAAAAGAUGAAGAUCAAGGAUAAGGAACAGGAAUCAUCAAUAGCGUAUGUAAAAUCAAUGCCAGUAACAGAAAAAAGGAAAUGGCGUGAGUCUAGCUGCUAUCGAUGCGGUUCGUGGCGACACAGUGGGGAUUCAAGUGAGUGUUAUGCGCGUAAAGCACGAUGUAACUCUUGCGGACGAGUAGGUCAUUUUGGUAGAGUUUGUAAGAAAGACGGACGGAACUCGGUCAAAAACAAUUAUCAAUGGAAGAGAGCAAAGAAUGAACCAACGGAUCGACGAGAACAAAAUCAACGAAAUGAAGCGAAUGAAAAGGACAGCCUUAAUGAGAUUUUUACCACGACGCGACUAUUGGACAAAUGGUUAAAUGCAUGUUAGAUACGGUUCAUGUAGUUUUCCUAAUAGAUUCCGGUGCAUCAGUAAACACAGUGACAGAACAAGUAUGGUUAGAAUUACAAAAAUCAAAGGCAAACAUUCAAGAUAUAUCUUACAAUUGCGAUAAGCAAAUCACAACGUACGCUAGUAAUCAGCCUCUGAAAUUAAUUUUAAAGUUUAAAGCAGUAAUAUCAAUUAAUCAGAGUAAACCUACAACUUUCGCUGAAUUCAUUGUAGUGCAAGGCAGUAAUAAGUCGUUGUUAGGUAAAGUGACGGCUGAGGAAUUAAAAGUUUUGAAAGUAGGCUUGGAAGUACAAAAUAUUGAGGAAAGAUGUCAACCAUUUCCGAAAUUCCCCGGUAUUCAGAUUCGAUUAUCUAUUAACAAAGAAGUUCCGCCGAAGAAAAUAUCCUAUGUUCGCAUUCCCAUUGCACUGGAGAAAAAGGUAGAAAGUAAAAUUCAACAGAUGUUAGAAACUGAUAUAAUAGAACCAGUUGAUGGUCCCCCCGAAUGGAUAUCACCAAUGGUGGUGGUACCAAAGGGCAAAGACGAUAUUAGAAUUUGCAUAAAUAUGAAGUAUCCAAAUCAAGCCAUACAACGAGAGCAUUUUCCACUUCCAGUUAUCGAAACUUUAUUGAACAAAUUACAAGGAUGUAAGAUUUUCUCAAAACUUGAUAUAACUUCGGCUUAUCACCACGUAGAACUCCAUCCAGACUCGAGAGGAAUCACCACUUUUAUGACAAACAAAGGAUUAAUGCGUUUUAAACGAUUGAUGUUUGGAAUAAAUUGUGCGCCAGAGAUCUUUCAGCGGAUUAUGACGCAAAUGCUUCUAGGAAUAGCUGGUGUAGUAAUCUACAUAGACGAUAUAGUCAUUGCAGGAAAAGAUAAAGUGGAACAUGAUAGUCGAUUAAAGCAGGUGUUAGAA